AAUUUCAUUCGACCAAAGCUUGAUGACUCAUCAAGGCUAUUUUUACUUCCGCCAUGGCAGACAAGUGUCCAGUCGACCACGGCAGUCAUUCUUCAUACCAGCCCUGUCCUGUCGACCACAAAUCUCGUACAACAUGGUCCUCUAUCUUGCCAGGGAGCAGCUCUUCACACCCAGUCAACGCAUCUUCGCUCUCGACUGAACGGGAGGUCUCUUCGAUACCCCGAACAGACAAUGGUAAUUGGGUAUACCCGUCAGAGGCCCAGUUUUUUGCUGCCAUGGUGCGCAAAAAUCAUAAUCCCCAUGCUCCAGAUAUGAAGACUAUCAUUCCUAUUCAUAACGCUGUAAAUGAACGCGCUUGGUCGGAGCUAAUGAAAUGGGAAUCCGGGAAAGGUGGUGAAAAGUGCGGAGGAGUAAAGCUUGUAAACUUCAAGGGCAGACCUAAUGACCUGACCCCAAAAGCUCGACUCAUGACCUUGCUCGGGUACUCUGCUCCCUUCGAUCGUCACGACUGGGUGGUCGAACGAUGCGGAACCCGAAUUAGAUAUGUGAUCGACUUCUAUACUGGACGGGGCGGAGGACCGUCAUCGUCAAAUAAUGUCUCUUUCUAUCUCGAUGUUCGGCCUGCCUUAGACAACUGGGAAGGAGUGAAAAUGAGAGCUGAGAACAUUUGGCAGGACUGGUUUGGAAGUGUUCACAGUAGCAGCACCCCAUCUCAGUCAUGAGAUUUAUACCUAUGGUAUGUGGAACGGCGGGGUUGAUCACGACCAUUGUCAGUCAUCAUAUAUCGAUCCAGCUUCCUCUUGACGAAGUACCAAGCCGAAUCUAAAUCAUGCCCAACUUGUCUUUGUGCCCCGAACUUAUAUAGGGUUGAUUUCUGAACACGUGACUAACGCGUCGC